UGACUCUUAAAGGGGUUGCAGGCUGGGCUCGAACCCGCAUCCGCCAUAGCAGGGACUCAGAUUUAGUACAUGAUGAGCCGUCAGCACUAACUACUUUUUAUCUGCUCUAAUGGAAACUUGCAUAUCUUGAACCAUAUCCACCCCUCUUGCACACAUCGCUACACUUCGAUUUGUUGCAAUUUGCAGCUACUCAUCCCAAACCCGGUGUCCUUUAGUGACCUCACAUCCUGUUUUCCUCACUUCCUUUUGAAUGGACCGGUUUGGGACGGUCCUGUCUCCGCGCGGCGUGGAGCUGUGUUGUGUCGGCGCGUGUCUGCAGACACAUGUUCGAUCUCCGGUGUUGCUAGGCUGCUGCACGGUGCACGCGAGCUAACUUUUGAUGCAACUGUUAGCUCAUCUUACUAUGCAACGUCUGGGGCAUUGAGAAGAGAAAAGCCUCGCAUGAUGCUGCCACUACAAGAGGGAUGGUGAAACAGUUGUUGAACUUCCGACAGAAUGAAGACGAAAGAGCUGACGAUUAUAAACCAGGGUCUGGAGGAUGAGAUGGAGGUGUGGGGUUAUCGGCCCUGUGUGUGGAAGAUGAUCCUGGUGGGUGUGGGGACCGUGUGCUCCGGGGGUCUCCUGCUGCUCCUGCUCUACUGGCUGCCUGAGUGGGGUGUUAAGGGCACCUGCACACACACCUCGCUGAGAGACGCACACACUCUCCUGCUCAGGACCACGGAUGAGUUCAAGCAGUGGUUUCGAGCCAAAGUACACGUGAUGUUGGCUCCAGCGAGGAAACCCUUCGACAGCUUGGAUCUGCUGUCCACGACUCAGCUGCCGAAUGCACCCGGAGACUACGGCAUCAGCGCUGUGAACCACGAGCAUCAUGGGAAAUGUAGACAGCCUGUUCAGAUCCUCUACUUUACCCACCACAGCACCAAAUACUACUGGAACGAUAUGAUACAGAACUUUGAGUUCUAUAAAGGCUUGGAGGAUAUGAAGGUGAGCUGUGCGAGCAUCCACUCUGACCACAGCUCUGGGCUUUCUAAAACUCUGCAGGACUACAGGAGGUUGUUUUUCGGGGAGAACGAGAUUGCUGUAAGAGUGCCUUCUGUGUUCAAGCUCCUCAUAAAGGAAGUCUUAAAUCCUUUCUACAUCUUCCAGCUCUUCAGUGUUAUACUGUGGAGUGCUGAAGACUACUACUAUUAUGCUACAGCCAUCGUUUUCAUGUCUGUGAUUUCAAUCGCUACCUCUCUGUACACCAUUAAAAAGCAAUACGUCAUGCUGCAUGACAUGGUGGCAACACACAGCGUGGUCCGUGUUUCAGUGUGCAGGGGGAAUAAAGGCAGGUUCUACUCUCUAGUUUUGGCUAUAGAAAUUGAACAGGCCAUGUCAACAGAUCUUGUGCCUGGUGAUGUCAUCAUUAUCCCAGCCAAUGGGAUGGUCAUGCCCUGCGACGCCGUGCUCAUCCAUGGGACCUGCAUUGUAAAUGAGAGCAUGCUGACAGGGGAGAGCGUGCCGGUUACCAAGACGAGUCUGCCGAGUUCAGGCGAGGAUGCGGCUUGGAGCUACAACACGGACGAGCACAAGAGACACACGCUGUUCUGCGGCACACAUGUUAUCCAGACACGCUUCUACGCUGGAGAACUGGUGGAGGCUGUUGUGGUCAGAACAGGCUUCAGUACAGAGAAAGGCCAACUUGUUGUCUCCAUCCUCCACCCAAAACCCACAGACUUCAAGCUGUACCGCGAUGCAUACCUUUUCCUGUUGUGUCUGGUGGGGGUGGCAGGGAUCGGCUUCAUCUAUACCAUCGUCCUCAGUAUCAUGAACAAGGUUCCUGCUAAAACCAUCAUCAUUGAAUCUCUGGACAUCAUCACCAUCACUGUGCCCCCAGCCUUACCGGCAGCCAUGACGGCCGGUAUCGUGUACGCACAGCGUCGGCUGAAGCGUGUUGGCAUCUUCUGCAUCAGUCCUCAGAGGAUCAACAUGUGUGGGCAGCUGAACCUGGUUUGCUUUGACAAGACUGGUACUCUGACUGAAGAUGGUUUGGACCUGUGGGGUGUGCAGAAAGUUGAAGAUGGCAGCUUUUCUCCCCCAGAGGCUGAUGCAGCUGAAGACAGUCUGGUUAACUCUGCGUUCGUGGCCUGCAUGGCUACCUGCCACUCACUGACCAAGAUAGAGGGCGAGCUCUCCGGCGACCCCUUAGACCUGAAGAUGUUCAGCGCCACAGGCUGGAUCCUUGAGGAGCCUACAGAGGAAGAGACUGCACUCCACAAUCCCAUAAUGCCCACAGUCGUGCGACCUCCAAAGCAAUACGUCCCUGAAGCCAAUCAGAACAAUUCUCUAACUCAGAACAUGGAGCUGCAUCAAUUACCAUCCUUUGAGAUCGGUAUUGUGCGUCAGUUCCCGUUCUCCUCCACCCUGCAGAGGAUGAGUGUGGUGGUCCGGCGGCUGGGGGAGAAACACAUGGACGCUUACUUGAAAGGAGCACCGGAGGUUGUGGCCAGCCUCUGCAAACAGCACACAGUUCCACAGAGCUUCACAGAGACUCUGGAGACGUACACCAAGCAGGGAUUCAGGGUCAUUGCCCUGGCUCAUCGACAGCUGGAGUCCAAACUCUCCUGGCACAAAGUGCAGAGCCUCAGCAGGGACCUGAUAGAAACCAACAUGGAGUUCCUUGGUUUGAUCAUCAUGCAGAACAAAAUAAAAGAGGAGACUGCCGGGGUUUUACAGGAAUUACGCCAAGCUAACAUCCGCACUUUGAUGGUCACGGGUGAUAACAUGCUGACGGCGAUAUCAGUGGCUCGUGACUGUGGCAUGAUCCGUGCUCAUGAGAGGGUCAUCAUUGCAGAAGCUGCUCCUCCGAAAGAUUUCCACCCCGCUAGUAUCACAUGGCAUUACACAGAAAACCCCGUACAGACCAAGGACAAUCAGUCUGUGGAGAUAAACCUGCAGGACGGGGCGUAUGAACAGCAGGAGCAGAGCUAUCACUUUGCUGUGACGGGCAGAGCCUUCGCUGUCAUCACCGAGCACUUCCCACAGCUCCUGCAGAAGCUUGCUCUGAGAGCCACAGUGUUUGCCCGCAUGGCUCCAGACCAGAAGACUCAGCUGGUGGAGGCCCUGCAGAGCAUUGACUACACUGUUGGGAUGUGUGGUGAUGGUGCCAAUGACUGUGGAGCUUUAAAGAGAGCUCACAGUGGGAUCUCUCUGUCUGAGCUGGAGGCGUCUGUUGCUUCACCCUUCACCUCCACCACCGCCAACAUCUCCUGUGUCCCCAACUUAAUCAGGGAGGGUCGAGCUGCCCUCAUUACAUCAUUCUGUGUGUUCAAGUUCAUGGCUCUCUACAGCAUCAUCCAGUACCUCAGUGUCACACUGCUCUACUCGAUUCUCAGUAACUUGGGAGACUUCCAGUUCCUCUUCAUUGACAUCGCCAUCAUCCUCAUCAUCGCCUUCACAAUGAGUCUGAAUCCGGCGUGGAAGGAGCUGGUGUGGCGCCGCCCCCCCUCCAGUCUGAUCUCCGGCCCCCUGCUGUUCUCAGUGCUGACCCAGAUCAUCACCUGCCUGCUGUUCCAGGUGCUGGCCUUCCUGUUGGUGCGACAGCAGAGCUGGUAUGAGACGUGGACGCCUCAGUCAGACGCCUGUAAUGCCUCCCGCUCCAGUGCCUCUCACGGCCUGAAUGUAACGAGCCCUCACGACCACAAAAACAUCAAGAACUACGAGAACACCACCCUCUUCUACGUCUCCUCCUUCCAGUACCUGGCUGUGGCCAUCAUCUUCUCCAAGGGGAAGCCCUUCAGACAGCCCAGCUACAGGAACUGGCCGUUCAUGCUAUCCUGCAUCGGCCUGUAUACUUUCAUCCUCUUCAUCAUGUUGUAUCCUGUUUCUGCCAUCGACAACUUCCUGGAGAUCGUGUGUGUUCCCCACGACUGGCGCAUUACGCUCGUCAUCAUUGUCAUCGUGAAUGCGGCUGUGUCUUUCAUUCUGGAGAUUUUGAUCGUUGACAUCGUCAUGCGGAGGCUAGUUUUCAGAAGCAAUCAGGGGCUAAAUCUGCGCUCAGAGCCCCCCUCUACUGACACACCUCAGGAGGCCAACCAACGCUGGGCCUCAUCCUUCCUCUCCUGGUUGUUCUGUCAGACCAACAAGCCCCCCCGGGUGCUCUACAUGCACCUGGCCCUGGAGCUGCAGGACAACGCAGACUGGCCCCCCAGACCCUCCACUGUCACUUACGCCAGCGAUCCACAAUCCCGCAUCUCUGCCCCCCUCUGACACCAACAAGCACACUGCUGCACAGACUGAAGAUCAAAUCACAGCUUGAGUUAAGCUCAGAGAAGAUAGUGAUGAUGAUGAUGAUGACGAUGACGAUGAUGACGAUGAUGAUGAUGACGAUGACGAUGAUGAUGACGAUGAUGAUGAUGAUGACGAUGUUGAUGUGAAGCGUCCUAAUAUAACACACACUGUGAGCUGCUCAUACAGAAGGUUGUCUUCCAUAUAGAUUAACCUCCUCGACAGACAAACACUUGUCAAACUGCUGAAACAUGAGCCAGAGGCCUCAGCUAAAGGACUGGCACAAGAUGUUGUGAAAUGUAGUACACUUAAUUGCUCUCUUGCUAAUAUGUUAGAUGACAAGAUUCAAGACAACUCUAACUAUUCUAGGGUUAAGCUAGAUGUUAACAUUUCAACUAAACACUGUGAGCCUAACAGCAGGUGAGUGCUGAUAUGUUUGUGAAGUGUGUGUUUGCAUGUAUGUGUGCAGCGCUUUGCGUUGCCUCAAUCCCAUCAUAAAACACAAUUAAUUCAAACGUGACUGAAACAAAAAUAAAACUCACCAAACCUCUGAUGGUGAGGUUUUUGCAACUUUCCAACAAUCACCAACUGGUUUGGUUGAAAUAAACCCUGCAGUAUUGUUUUUACUGCUUCCCUUUUUUUUGUCCUUUCAUUUUAGCUAAAUGAAAGGACAAAAAUUGUCCAAAAAACCUGCCAAAGCCAAAAUAUUCUUCCAUUGCCUCACCCUACACACCUAUACAUCUACACAGUAAAUGCAAAGGCAGUGAAAGAAAUUGGUUACCUUAACACAAACGGUGGUAGCUGGGGAAGCCAGCUAGCAUGGGUCUUGCAUACCAUUUUUAAGCUAACAUAUUAACACGUUAGGUUUAUGCAAUACUAGUCUAGUUCAUAACUAGUAUAAAAACACAACACAAUGCGGUUUUAUGGAUAGUUUAACCUCUGCUGCUAGCUGUUUCCUCUGUUUUCAGUGUUUGCGCUAAGCUAACUAGCUGCUGUCUGUAUCCUCAUUUUCGUUCAACAAACAUCAAAGUGAUAUCAAUCUUCUCAGAAAAGUCAGCAAGAAAAAACCCAGAACAUUCCCCAAAGUGAGAAGUCAUUCCUUUAAGAUGAGAAGAUAUCUUAAUUACAUUGCAGCAAUGUAGUAAGGUGCUUUUUGUGUUAGUGUGACAGAUCAGCUUUAGCUUUGGCUCUGCCAGGUCAAUUAACGGCCUAAUCUUCUGCUUCACUGUGAAUGAACACUUCCACUAACAUUAGCUGCUGCUAUGAUCUAAAAGUUUUAAAACAGUGUUAGGAUGUAUGGAUUCAAAGAAACAUGGAACACUUGUGCCUUUUGUAUUUCUAACAGAAAACAUUCCACUGCUGCAUUUCUGUCCUAGCUUCAAUCGAAAUUCUUCCUGUGGAAGAGAGAAACAGGAAUUUCUGUGUCCCUAUUUUUGUAAUUAUAUUAGUGGACCAUGCGUGAAAGAGCAAACAUUGCAUUACUUAAAAAGAGAAUAAAAGCAUGUCUGUGUCCUUUGA